CUACUACGACCACACCGCUCAGUGAUCCAAGUCUUAACCAUGGCUCUGGAGAGUCUGAAGCAGCGAAACAAGAUAUAAAUGACCCCACCGAAGUAUGCUAAGGUCCCAAUAUUUCAUCUGCACCAUCUGUGAGUUGUCAGGCAGAAGAGAGACACAGAGGGAGCAGUGAGUCCGGGAGAAAACAUGGCCGUCUUUCAAAACAACUUUUGGGGGGAGAAAAAUGCCGGUUUCGACGUGCUCUACCACAACAUGAAGCACGGCCAGCUGGCAGCCAAGGAGCUCGCUGAGUACGUCCGUGAGAGGGCAGCUAUUGAAGAGAGCUACUCGAAGUCCAUGAGCAAACUAGCUAAGACUGCGAGUAACAGCAGUGCACUGGGGACGUUUGCUCCGAUGUGGGACGUGUUCCGGGUGUCUGCAGACAAACUGGCCCUGUGUCACCUGGAGCUCAUGAGGAAAAUGAACGACCUGAUCCGAGACAUCAACAAGUACGCAGAGGAGCAGGUCAAAGUUCACCGCAAGACUAAAGAGGAGAUGGUGGGGACAGUGGAGGCAGUUCAGGCCCUGCAGGUUCAGAGUGGACACCUGCAGAAGUCCAAAGAGGGGUAUCACGCCAAGUGUGUGGAGCUGGACCGACUCAAGAAGGAGGGAGCGCCACAGAAAGAAGUGGAGAAGGCGGAGCUGAAGUCUAAGAAAGCGGCAGAGUCGUUUGCCCUGUGCAUCGAGAAGUACAACCGUGUGGGAGGAGAGUUUGAGCAGAAGAUGAGCGAGUCUGCGCAGAAAUUUCAGGAAAUUGAGGAGGCUCAUUUACGUCAAAUGAAACAGCUCAUUAAAGGUUAUUCUCACUCCAUAGAAGACACCCAUGUUCAGGUGGGACAGGUUCACGAGGAAUUCAAGCAAAAUGUGGAAAAUAUUGGGACUGACAACCUCAUCCAGAAGUUUGCAGAGCAGAAGGGAACAGGCAAAGACCGACCAGCUCUGGUUGGUUUUGAGGAGUACAUGACGGCUCUAGCUCCUGAAGGAGUGAAGAAGACUCGUGGUAAAGCGUUCAGGCUCCCAGGGCUCGGGAGGAGAGACAAAGAACCAGACUCUACGGAUUCGGCCAUGACAGAAACACCUAACUCUCCUCUGGAAGUGGACGACGAGGGCUUUGUAAUACGAGCCGACAACGCACAAAACGGCUGUGCUGAGGAGAAAGAGCACAACUUUUACUCUAGUGACUCGGACUUUGACGACGAGGAGCCCAAAAAGUUCCACAUCCAAAUCCGCCCCGUAACCAGCGGCAACCGGAGCAGCGCAGCCGCUCAGGACCGAGAGCUGAAGGCCACAGUGGGGGCUCUGACUCUGCCACCAAACAGAGGGGGGCGCCAGCAGCCACCAGUCAAAAAGCAUCUUUCCAGAAACUCGAGUACCGCCGGAGGUCGAUCAGAGGAUGAGGGUGCGACACACAGAGAAGGAGAUCAGGAUGGACUCAGGAGAUCCACGUCCAGCCCUGACCACACCAGGUUGAGUUCUUCGGCGUCUGUGUCUGACAGUUUGUUUGGGCCUCCUCUGGACACGGCCCUUAAGUCCAAGAGCUGCGAGGGGAGGGAGCAGCUCAGAGGACACAAUGCGUUUGGGGACCCUGAAUAUGCUGCCUUCUCCUCCGACUCCUCGUCUCCUGAAAACGUUGAAGACUCCGGUUUGGACUCUCCUUCCCAUCAGGCACUGGGGCCGUCUCCCGAACCAGGGCAGGGCUGGGCAGCGUGGCCUCCUGCCCCCCAGAGCGUGGACCAAACUCGGGGUCGCUCCUCUGACCCUUUCCUGUCCGCGUUCCGGGACCCCUCUCCCGGACCCCACCGCCCCCGUUUCCACGACGACGGGGUGUGGUCAGCGCCCUCCUCUCGUCCCACCCGAGUCCCACCGGAAAACAACCAAACUUCGAUGCAUUUUCCCAACCUUCCCACCCCGGAAAUGGAGAGCUCCGUGUGGAACUGCAAACACAUCCCGCAAGAGGACCCCUUUCUCGCAUUCGAACGAACUGUCAAUCAAGAGACUUUUUCGGACUCUUGGACCCGCCCCCCUCCUCGCUCAACCAAUCAGGAGAUACGAGGAGAUCCGUUCGCCGCUAUAGACAGUAAAAUGCAAUCAAAUAAAACUCCUUCCUCCUCUUCUUCAGCAGCUCAUCGCAAAAAGCAAGACCGAAAACGAGAUAGAAGUUUACCGCCUCCUGUUUCUUCGGAAGACCCGUUUGCGAUCACAAUGAUUGGCAGCCCGACGCACCAAUCAGGACUAGCCAUGGGAGCUGGGCUUAUCCCGCCUCCUAGUAGCAUAGCAACCAACAACAAUAGAUUAGGAGCCGACGCUUCGCAAGCUAAAAAAGAAACUGCGCAUUGGAAUUCUGUGCAUAAUCCGUUUAGUGAUAGCGUUCCAGCUGCAGUGGUGUUAACGAAUCCCAAAGUGCACGAUAAAACAGGAAGUAGUGGGCAAAAGGAGGGAGGAGAGAGGAGGAAGCACAGAUCGUCAGAAAGUGAACCGCGUAGAAAUGGCCCUCCCCUCACCAGGCACUCCGGACCCCAGGAGGACCUCUGCUUCUCCACGGACAAAGACCAGGACUGUCUCGAUAUCGCUCAGCCCUGCAGCCUCGGCUCACAUAAAGGCUCAAAGCACAAAUACAGACAGGAGCCAGUAGAGGGCAUCACUGCUCCUUCAGCCCGAGUAACUCGAGCCAAAAGGACAUCAGGGCGACUCAGCGGCUCGGAGAGAUCUCGUUCUUUGUGCUCCUCACCCCUCCCUGACCCCAGCCCCUCCCUCACCUCCUCCUCCUCCUCCAGUCCCAGUGAGUGGGGUCCCCAAACUAGAGAGGGGGAGUGGGUGGAGCCCACCCGAGCCCCCAGCCCAGGCAGAGCGGGACAGGUGUCGCCCCUGCCCUGUCCGCACCCGGACCAUCCUCCAAGACAAUUGCAUCUGUCUCGGGGUCCCAGUCCGAUCUCCCUCAGCACACAGGAGGCGUGGCCUGUAGCAGCCGCCAUCACUGAAUACAUCAACGCCUACUUUAAAGGAGGACAGAGCAACCGUUGUCUGGUGAAGAUCACGGGGGACCUGACCAUGUCGUUUCCAGCUGGAAUCACUCGUAUCUUCGGCGCUCACCCAAACGUCCCUGUGCUCAGCUUCAGGCUCCUCAACAUCUCUCGCAUCGACCACUUCUUACCCAAUCAAAAACUGCUCUUCAGUGAUCCAUCUCAAAGUGACCCAGAGACCCGGGACUUCUGGUUCAACAUGCAGGCUCUACAGGUGCAUCUGCAGAGGGAGGCGGAGCUCAACCCCCAGGCCUCAUAUUACAAUGUGGCUCUUAUUAAAUAUCAGGUCUCGUCCCAGGACCCUGGCCGUGCCCCCCUCCUCCUCUCCGCAGAGUGUCAGCGCAGCGGGACAGUGACUCGGGUGUCUCUGGAUUACCACUGCUGCCCCGCCACUGCCCCCUCCACCCAGCUCACCGCAGUCCAGGUCCUCCUCCCUCUGGACCACACCGCCACAGACCUGCAGUGCCAGCCCCCCGCCUCAUGGAACUCAGAGGAGAGGCGACUUCUGUGGAAACUGCCAAAUCUGUCCCCCACCAACCACAGCAAAGGCUCUGGUACUCUGUGUGCGAGCUGGCAGUGUCUGGAGGCUCCCCGGGGCCCCGCUCCCAGCCUGGCCGUGCAGUUUGUGGGAUCUGGGGCCUCUCUGUCGGGGAUGGACCUGGAGCUCGUGGGAAGCAGGUACCGGAUGUCACUCGUCAAGAAGAGAUUCGCAACAGGGAAGUACAUGGCUGGAUGUUCCCUCUGAAUAUUCACUGGGCCCCCUGCUGGACGGUCAGAGCGCUGCAUAAACUUUACACUGAAGACGCUGUGCACUUCUGACUAAUAUCACUACUCUUAUUUAAAAUCUGUGUCGUACCUGUCGGUCCUUCUGCCUUUCCUCAAAUCUGUUCUGUAAAAUUCAUACGUAGAAGUUAUUUAUUGUUUUGUAUUAAAUCAGAUAUCUGUGCCUUUGUAUUAAGGUUAUGUUCUCAUUACUGCAUUUUCAUUUUAAACUUUGGAGGUUGUGUCCUUCUAGGGUCGCAAAUGAUGAAUCAGAAUAGUGAGUCGACUGUUCAAAUGAUCUUAAUCGUGUUUUGAUAAUCAUUAAAUAUACCAAAUGAGCUUUUAUAACAAAAACUCCAACAUUGUUCAAGUAAAAUGGCAAAUGAUACACUCUAUUCAUAAAUAUUCUCUAUUUGAAGGCUUAAGACGCCAUUAUUUAGUUAAAAGUUCAGUUCAGAGUGAGUCGUUUUAGGUUUAAAACAACUGGAUUUUAGCGUUUGAAACUGGCAACUUAAAUGUGAGACUCGUGUGAGGUUCAUUCUGCUUUUGGAUUGGAUAAUUGAGUUGAGAAGCAAAACACCAAAUUAUAACAUAAACAACUUAGCCAUCAUGUCCAAAGUUUUUGUAAUUAAGAAUAAAUCAGCAUUACAGUUGUUAUUACUCAAAGCUAUAUUGGAAAGUUUGAUUUGAUUUGGACACAUUUACCUCUUGAGACAAUGUUUAUGGAAUUUUAAAUCAAAAUCUCACAAACAGAUCCUUAAAGUAGCGGGACAUGCUUAAGUUUCAGACCUUUAUUGACGAUUAACAAAUACAAUGCUAUUGAUAUUUUGCAGCUGAUGUCCUCAACAUUCUCUGGGGGUGUGAUGCUAACUGUAGGCUCUGCUCUGUCUGAAGAUCUGUUACUUUAAUCUAAAGAGUUUGUUUUAACACAAUUUAACCUUAAAGAACAGCAGACUUGGCUAGAAAGAAACAGGUGAGCUGAUUUGUGCUCAUAAACACGUCUCUCACACAUAAAAUCAGUCACACGUUCGCUAUCUUUAUCUUUAACCGACAGUUUUUCCAUUUAGUCUGAAACACCUGAGCAAGACCGUUAACCCUGUAUUCAUCACAGACGCUUGUUGUUUAAAUCUAUUUUUUCUUGCGCUUUCAGACUCUCGAAACCUUUUUGGUGGCGUUUGCUGAAUGUGUGCAUCGUGUAACCAUGGAAACUGAUGAACAUUCCGCCAUAUAGACACAUGUAGAGCCCCCCCAGCAUCGUGUCACUGCAAAAUAUCAAUAAAAUAGGAAAAGCGUCUUGAUUUGAAAAUGCAUCAGUGUGAACAUAGCCUGGAGAAUAGGGUCUGUAACGUCAAAAAACACUGGAUAAUUUAACCUGAACUCUAUAAAAAUAAGUUGCCAUUGUAAGUAGCAUUUUUAAAUUAUGUAAAUACCAUUAAAAGAUGUGAGUAGAUUUGACCUGUUUGUACGAUUGUUAGUGAAGUUCUUGUUUCAUAAAUAAAAAAACUCACACUUUUUGGUUUGCACAAU